UCGAAGCUCUCGCCGCAUCCUUUCCUCGGCCACAGACUCCACUCCACUCCAAUGGCAAUGGCUUGAGGGCAACCAAAUCCUAGCCCCGCUCCCCGUCCUCCGGCCAUGCCGCCGGCGCCGCCGUCGAGGCCCUCCUCGACCCCUUCACACCGCCGCCCCCACCCUCCUACAUCCAACCCCGUCCGCCGCCACCACAACCUCCACCUCGCCCGCUGCUUCCCCGACCAACCGCAACCCGCCAAACCCGCACCCCCAAACCCUAACCCGCUCCUCUCGCUGCUCACCGCCGUACCGGACUGGGCGGACGCCGUGACGGAACGGCGGGUGCGAGACCCGCGCCCGCUCUACACGCACGAGCAGUGGCGGGAGCACCGGAGCUCGCGCCGCCACCUGCGGCACCUCCUCUCCUCGCUCUCCUCCCGCGUCAUCCUCUCCCUGGCCCCGCCCGUCUCCGCCUUCACCGCCGUCGCCGCCGCCGUGGCCACCUACAACACGCUCGUCCCUGCAUACGCGCUCACGGCGUCCUCGCUGCCCUACCAGCUCACGGCCCCCGCGCUCGCGCUCCUCCUCGUCUUCCGCACCGAGGCCUCCUACGCGCGCUUCGACGAGGGCCGCAAGGCCUGGAUCCGCGUGCUCGCCGGCGCCGCCGAGCUCGUCGGCAUGGUCAUGCAUCCGGCGGGCGGUGUUGCCGGAGACGGGACGGACGAGCCGGCUGGGAGGACCGCGCUCGUCAACUACAUCCUUGCAUUCCCUGUUGCGCUCAAGUGUCAUAUAACUAGCAACUCCGACAUAAGAAAGGAUCUUCAGGGUUUGCUCGCAGAAGACGACUUGAAUGUUGUUCUCACGUCAAAACACCGGCCUCGUUGUAUCAUCGAGUUCAUUUCGCAGAGUCUUCAGAUGCUGGACUUUGAGGAACAUAGGCGAAGCAUCAUGGAGUCUAAACUGUCUGGUUUUCUUGAAGGAAUUUGUGUCUGUGAGCAGAUCAUUGGGAUUCCUGUCCCCCUGUCAUACACUAGGCUUACUUCAAGAUUCCUUGUUCUGUGGCAUCUUACGCUUCCAGUGAUACUAUGGUCGGAAUGUAAAUGGAUAGUCGUUCCAGCUACUUUUAUCAGUGCUGCCUCUUUAUUCUGCAUUGAGGAAGUCGGUGUUUUGAUCGAGGAACCAUUCCCCAUGCUAGCCCUUGACGAGCAGUGCAAGCAGCUCCACGACAGCAUGCAUGACAUGAUGUCAGUGCAAGACUCGGUUCGCAAGCGAUUGGUUGCGAAGACUAAGAGCCAGCAACGGAGCGGUAGAUACCCAAACAAUGGCCGGCCCGGCUCCAAAAGCGAGCAGGUGAAGAUCGAUUGAGCUGGUGGCGAAUUAUUCAUCAAGAACAGCAUCUGGAAGCAACCGAAGAGUUCAUGGUGUCUAGUUGUCCACCACCACACGCACACCUUCAUAGUGCCAGUCCCCACUUCCAGGUACUAGUAGAUGCUAUGCAACCCAACAACUUUCCAGGCCCAUUGUAUGAGAAUCGGUUGCGAGCUGGUCCAUUAGUUUGUUGUGGCUGAGUCUGAGUUCCUGGAUGGAGCAAGUAAACCCAGCUGCAGUAGUAGAAUAAAGUGGUGAGGUCUGAAGGACUGCUGUUAGUGUAGUGCAGCUCCAUUUGUGUAGGUAAGGUGUACAAGCAGCAGCAUCUAGCUAGUGCAUGUACAAAAUAAAACCGGGUCCUUCCCAGAGAGAGAAAUGUAGCUCUAUGUAUCCUAGCUUUGUAUAUAGUUUUGGGUGAGCUAUAUAGUACUUCUGUUAAAAAAAAUUAUGCAUAUCGUGCUGAGGAGUCACUUUGUGUGUACCGUCAUUGACGGCUAACCUUUUGACUCGCAAACGAAAAAGGAAAAGAGAGAGGUGAUGCAUGGUUAA